AUGCCUCACGCAGACUCCUCAUACUUCGGCUCCGGCUCCAAAGCCGAAAUCUACACAAAUGUGCUCGAACAAGCCAAGGGCCUUGUGACAGGGCAGCGUAACUGGGUCAGCAACUUCUCCAACGUCGCCUCCCUCCUCUGGCACGCCUACGCCGCGCUCCCCGCCCCCUCCUCGUCCGUAAACUGGGCCGGCUUCUAUAUUCGUCAGGACCAGUUUCCUUCUCCCAAGCAAAGCUCUGAGGAACGCGACGCGACGCGAGUGAAGAAAACACUCUGGCUUGGUCCCUUCCAAGGCCGCCCAGCUUGUCAGGAGAUCCGGUUUGGGCGCGGCGUGUGCGGGGCUGCGGCGGCAAAGCGCGAGACGGUUCUUGUUCCUGACGUUCUAGAGUUCCCGGGGCACAUUGCUUGCGAUGCCAGCAGUCGAAGCGAAAUUGUCGUGCCUAUUCUGGCGGGCGGAGAGACUGUCGCAAUUAUCGAUAUAGAUUGCGCGGAACCGUCGGGCUUUGACGAGGAGGAUAAGAAGUACCUGGAGGAGCUGGCUGCACUUCUUUCCGAAAGCUGCGACUGGUCAGUGUAA